CUGUCUGUUUGUUGGUCAACUGGCUCAACUCCCAACAAUUUUCCAUCCCAUUUUUCUUUGUUCUAUGACUCCAUUUAUUCUCCACCCUAAGGAUCAUACUUCAUACCUUCACCAAUGCAGUAUUACCAACCACCCUCUUUCAUGGAUUCCCUCAAGGCACUUGAGGCUGAUAUCCACCAUGCCAAUGUGCUGGCAGCUUCCAUUCCAAAGGGGAAUGGCCAGGAUUACCUUCAAAUGAAGUUAGUAUACAGUAAACUGGCACCGAUUUUUCUGUUUUUCUUUCAAUGGAUGGAUUAUUCAUGCUCCUGUCUACCUUCCAGUCAUUUUAAUCUUUUCCGUGUGCUUGUGUAUAAGGUGCACACUAAUGGAAAAUCAGAUAUGUAUUCAAGUGGAAGGAAAGCAACCGUAAGGGAGUUCUACAGUGUUAUAUUACCUUCACUCCAACGACUUCAUGGUGAUUUGGUAGAAGCUAAAAUUGGUGAAGAAAAUGAUGACAACACUGAGAUGAUAAGCAGUAAGGAGGAGUUGGAGAGAGAGCAUGAGUGUGGCAUUUGCUUGGAAUCUACCACCAAAAUGGUUUUGCCUAAUUGCUGCCAUGCUAUGUGUAUAAAUUGUUACAAUGACUGGAACACAAGGUCAGAAUCUUGUCCAUUUUGCAGGGGAAGCUUAAAGAGAGUUAAUUCGGGAGAUUUGUGGGUUCUAACAUGUAGUAGAGAUGUGAUUGAUAUGCAAACCAUAAACAGAGAAGAUGUGUUGCGUCUUUAUCUCUUUGUGAAUAAUCUUCCCCAAUAUACUCCUGAUGCUGUUUUCCUUAUGUACUACGACUACUUAUUUUAGUUCAAGACAAAAAUGCUAAACAUCUUUUUAUACAAUUUGGUCA